AUGGCUCUCUCCUCCAGCCCAAGUGUAUUUUCUCAAGAGCAAAUCCGAUGCUUAGAGGAGGAGAACGUCUUUCUACAAGUGCCACAAGCGAUAACACAAAGCGGCAAACGAAAAGUAUCCGCUACAUUCACGCCACCAAGAUCUUCAUCCUCGUCCUCCUCAUCCGUGUCUAUUGAGACGCGAGGGUUCCAAGAUGGAAUCGUCCAAACCUUUGACAUCCCCACUUCGGAUGAGAGCGUAGAAGUUCUCGAGUUCAUCGGCUUCUCAGCUGAUACUGCUAUAGAUCUCUACUCACGUUAUGCAAACCGACCCGACCCGGAAGAAAACCCAGAUUCCCUCUUUGAUUACGCCUGCGGUCAUCUGGCGAGCCUAAACACACAGAGAUAUGAGGAAAUGGGAACACGCCAAGCCCUCAUCGCAGUUGGCCUAACCACAAAACUUGUGGAGGCUAUACUUGAUCCCGCCUUCACUGAUGUCUUCGGCACUCAGUCGCCCUUCUUUUGGGCAAAAGACAGCGUAGCAACGAACUACGCUACGCUGCGAAACCACCAAAGGCUCCUUGCAAGCUUCGCAACCCAGCAAAUGGCGAGGAAGACCAAAUCCUCCAAGCGUCAAUGCCAGACUGCCGGGACCAGGCCUCCACCCCCAAGUCAAGAAGUGCCAGCCCCGAUGGCAGCCGCAACCAUCAACAUCGAGUCGUCGGACUUAAACCUUCCUAAGGAUCAUAUCCAAGUCCAGACAGAAGAUGUGGAGAUACUCGAAGAUGCUGUUUCUCUUUAUAAAGGCAAAUCUUUCCUAGAGCUUUCUUUCGAAGAAACAAGCCUUAUCGCCGAAGAUGGUAGUAUCAACAUUAUGCAGCUGGCGAGCGUUCAAGGAGGAGACUUCAACUGGGCAUUUUCUGCGCAUUACUGGACCCCCCAUAAAGAAACAGCAGAGAAGUACCGUGAAUGGGCGGCCCACAGAUGUCCCCAAGCAAUAACUUGUGUCAUCCAUAUACAAGUUCCAUCUUCAUUUGUAAGAGGUCUCCAUCGGGAGGACUUACGGUUUUCUCCCGAUUGGAAGGAGUACGUUUGGACCUCUAGAAAAGGGAUCCAACCAGCACCCAAAUUUGACAGACUCUGGAGGCCAGGACAGGCACAGGUUGUGGUUGGGCCAUUUUGUUCCCUAUACGAUCCACGAAUUGGCCGCAUAAGAGCGAAAAACAUACAAACAGACAUCACCGCUGACAACACAUUGAAGCUACUUUCGGGGAAGAAGUCUGUCCAAUGGGUCUUUGUGGCCCUUGACACAAUGCUACAGCUAGGGGUUGAAGUACGGGGAAAGAUGCAUCUUAUCAUUUACCAGGGCAGUACCUGA